AUGAGCGUCGCCGAGCGCCUGGUGAUGAUUAUCAAGCUCCUCACCAUCUUCCCCGUGAGCCUGGCCGCCAACAUCCUGCGCAUGCUCGUGCUCUCCGCCGUGCACGGCAUGCGGCCGCGCGCCGCCAUCCUCGCCGCCGUCGUACGCACCACUUUCGGCAUCCUCACCGGCAAGGAGAUCCAGAAGCUGCAGCCGACGACGCGCCAGGAAUACAGCAAGUUCAUCCAGUACGCCGCCAAGCGCUGGAGCGCCCCCAACUUCAAGAGCCGCGUCGUCCACGACGUGCAGGAGCUCGCCAAGGGCGUCGACGACUCGGCUAUCCUCUGGCUCGGCGACCGCAGCAAGGCCAAGAAGGUGGUGCUCUUCCUCCACGGCGGCGGCUACGUGCUGCCCGCCUCCCCCGGCCACUUCCUCUGGGCCUGGAACACCUACGUCAUGGCCGGCGUCGAGGCCGGCGUCGAGACCGCCGUCGCCUUCCUCCAGUACACCCUCGCCCCGCGCGGCGUCCUACCCGUGCCGCUGCGCCAGACCGUCGCCGCCUACGAGGAGAUCCGCGCGCAGGGUUUCCAGCCGCGCGACAUCGUCGUCGGCGGCGACUCGGCCGGCGGCAACCUCACGAUGCAGUUCCUCGGCCACGCCCUCCACCAGCAGCCCGCCGUGCCCGAGGUCAAGCUGUCGGAGCCCCUCGCCGGCGCCUUCCUCGUCUCCGCCUGGCUCGGCCAGAGCGACGACACCGAGUCCUUCCGCGUCUUCGGCAACAAUGACAUGGUCAGCUCGGCCAUUGUCCAGAAGCUGAGCGUCGAGUCGGUCGAGCCGCACAAGCGCGCCACCAUCAAGAGCCAGGCGGACCCCUGGUCGCGGCCCCUUGAGGCCGACUUUGGCUGGUUCCGGGACUUCGAGACGGUCGUGCCCAAGAUCUACGUCACUUAUGGCGGCCGAGAGGUCCUGCGCGACCACAGCCUCGCUAUAAUCGAGACGAUCAAGCGCGAGGCCCCCGCCGUGAACCUGCUCACAUAUGAGGCACCCAAGGAGCUUCACGAUGGCGUCCUCGUCGAGCACCUCUUCAAGAAGCCCGACGCCAACGCCAAGAAGAUGAAGACGUGGUUCAAGAGUGUCAUUAUCCAAUAG